ACACGAUGUGACUGGAAGAGACCUGUCAUUAUGCAAACAGUAAGGCACUCGGAACAGACACUUAGAACAGCUCUCAUCUCAAAGAACCCAGUGCUUGUGUCCCAGUAUGAGAAGUUUAAUGCUGCAGAAUGGCGUUUGAUGAACGAAGCCUUCCAACCAGCCAGUGAUCUCUUUGGACCCAUUACCUUGCAUUCUCAGUCAGAUUGGAUCACCUCCCAUCCUGAGCCUCCCCAAGACUUCGAAGAGUUUUUCAAUGCUCCUUCCAGAAAGACACCCUCUCCGGAGAAGCGCAGUAUUUAUAUACAGUACAUUGGAUUGCUUAUUAUCAGUGAAGAAUAUAUUAAAUGGCUCAAGGGCUACUGUGAAACAUUUUUCUAUGGCUUGACAGUAAGACUACUGGAACCGGUCCCUGUCUCCGCAACGAGGUGUUCCUUUAGGGUCAAUGAUAGCACACAGAAGCUACAAAUACAUGCAGGGCACAUCCUGAAGUUCUUAAAAAGGAAGAAACCCGAAGAUGCCUUCUGUGUUGUGGGAAUAACCAUGAUUGAUCUUUACCCAAGAGACUCCUGGAAUUUUGUCUUUGGACAGGCCUCUUUGUCAGAUGGUGUGGGGAUACUCAGCUUUGCCAGGUAUAGAAGUGAUUUUUACAACUCAAGCUAUGAAAGCAAAGGGAAGGCAUUGCAGAAAAAGUCUUCGAACGACUAUUCGGUUUUUGAUAACUACUAUGUUCCUGAAGUGACUAGUAUUUUGCUGCUUCGGUCCUAUAAGACUUUAACCCACGAGAUUGGACACAUAUUUGGACUUCGGCACUGCCAGUGGCUUGCAUGCCUGAUGCAAGGCUCCAACCACUUGGAAGAAGCUGACCGGCGCCUCCUAAAUCUGUGCCCGAUCUGUUUAUGCAAGUUGCAGUGUGCUAUUGGCUUCAACAUUGUAGAAAGAUACAAAGCCCUGGUGAGGUGGAUUGAUGAUGAAUCCACUGAAGCACCUCGAGUCACUCCGAAACAUAGUCAUAAGGAUAGUGUGAAUUUGCCCAAACCGGUGGAAGCCUUUAAGGAGUGGAAAGAGUGGAUAAUGAAAUGCCUUGCCGUUGUCCAAAAAUAA